CAUAACUCAGAGGCUGUGACUUGUGUUCUUCACUCAACUGGGCUAGGACGGACAGCGAAGCAGGGCCAAUCAGGCACUAGGUCGUCCGUACGUGUUUUCCGUGUCACUGUCACAGAUCGCGAUCGAUAAAUAACGCUGCUUAUCAAAAACCUGCAGUCACACACACGCGCUACAACAAUUGGCGACGGGGUAGGGAAAAUUUUGAACCCUCUAAUUGGACGAGAUUCAGCAUAAUUAUUUUGGCCAAUCAGUAUCCAGAUUUUUCAUUGGCGUCCUUGGGAAUCAUUGGUUGUUAAUUGAUUACAGUAUUUCUCAUUACCCUGCUGACUCAGAAAAUGACUAGCCUUCCCGAUCAAUUUCAGCUACUACUAUAUCGCCAGCAACAGCGUGUUUUGGACUAUUUACGAACGCGACUGCUAGAUCUCCCAUGUUUCGGAGAUGUGAAAGAAACUGAUGAAUUCAUUUCUCACUUACAAACUGAACUCGAGAAUGACUGCAGGACAUAUGAAGAUAAAAACAAAAGCCUCCAUGAAUCCCUUAUGAUCAGUAAUGCAAAUGAGGCAGUCGCUCAUAAUCCGUCCAGCGAUUCAGAAGUGCCCAAUUCAGAAGCAUGCCCUGUUGUGGGUUCAAAUCCCACUGUGCCUGAAACAUGUGAGGUAUCCAGCUUACAAGAAGAACCUCUCGUGCCGGAAAAUGUUUCCCGUGCAUCAAAUAAUGGUCAGAAAUCAAAUACAAAUUUCGAAGAUGCUGUCUAUUUUAGUGACCUAUUACCCACUGGAAUUUUGAAGAGGUCUGAUGAAUAUGUUUCACAAGAAUCAAACCUUAAUGACCUCAUGUCUGGUGUCGCUAAUCCUCAUCAUCUAGUCAGUUUUAGUGAACCCUCUACUCAAUGCGCGAAAUAUGCUUUAAAUAGAGUCAGACUAACUGUUACUUGGGUAUAUGAGGACCCAACGUUAUUUCGCGGGGGAGGACGGACGCAGAAAAUUUUAAAACGCAGAUAUGAACUCCGCAUCUUUCGAAAAAGGGGAGGUGUUGGGAUAGUCGGAAAAAGAGACCAAUAAUUACCAUGUUAAGUUCAAUGGUGUCCUUGAACCUUAAAUGUACAUUCUUAUUGGUCGAUGUUUAUUUCACUUGUUAAAUAUUGUACAAAUGUUGUUUCCUAUUUUAUGGUACGAUGUGGUUUGUUUGCUUGGUA